AUGGGGGCAGAGAACAUCCAGGUCUUCGACGACUCCCAGCUGAUAAUCAACCAGGUACAGGGGGAAUACCAAGCAAAUGAAGACAGCAUGAUCCAGUAUCUGGCGGUCGUUCAGCGACUAAUCAAGAAGUUCAAGAGCUGCAAGCUCACUCAAAUCCCCCGGGAACAGAAUUCACAAGCCGACGCCCUGGCUAAUCUAGGCUACCCUGGAGGAACCCUGUCAGAGGAGGUCUCUGUCGUCGAAGAAGGCAAAACAUGGAUGACCCCCUUAAUCCGGUACCUGGAGGCCGACAUCCUCCCGGAAGACCGCAGCGAGGCCAGAAAGAUCAAGAAGCAAGCCACGAGGUACUGUAUCUCCCAGAAGAUAGCUGUACCGGAGAUCUUUCUCCGGCCCGUACCUGAGGUGUGUCACACCCCGAGAAGCCGCUAG